AUGUAUGGGUCACCUGGGCGGAGGCAUGGGUCACCUGGGUGGCUGUUGGGGGGUGACCGGGCGGUGGGGCUGAGGGCCGUGCCCCGGCAGGCGGUGCAGGAGCAGAGCGCGGCGGGGGAGGCGCUGGCGCAGGCGCGGGGGGAGCAGGAGCGGCUGCGGGACGAGCUGCUGCGGCUCAGCCGGGCCCGAGAGGGACUGGCCAAGGAGGGGGCCACCUUGGCCGUCCAACUGGCGGCCGCCCAGCGCCACGGCCAGGAUCAGGCCCAGGAGGCAGCCGGGCUCAGGUCGGAGAAGGAGGGCUUGGAGAGCAACAUCUUCCAGCUGCAGCAGCAACUGGCCCAGCUGGAGACCCGCAACCAGCAGCUGGAGGCCGAGGGACGGAGCCUGCUCCAAUCUAAGGAGGCGCUGGAGG